AUGGCUGAUUGGGGGCCAGUUUUUGUGUCUGUGGUGCUCUUCAUUCUCCUCACUCCAGGCUUGUUGAUCCAGAUACCUGGUCAAGGCAAAAUGGUAGAGUUUGGCAACUUUCAAACAAGUGGGGUAUCCAUACUUGUUCACUCCAUCAUCUACUUUGCUCUAUUUGGUAAAAACAAAACUGUGGAUCCAAUACAUCAGUAG